AUUACUUUUCUAUAUAAAAUCGUUUUCCCAGAGAUUAUUCUUACAUCUCUUUUACGAUUCUUUUACGAUUUAACGCUUCAACGAUCUGAUAUUUAGCUCAAAAACUGUUGUCAACUAUCAGUUCUUUCUUGUACUUGCAAUUGUUUUUCAUUCAGUUAUUUUUUUUAAAUUCUUUGAAAUAAAUAAUUUUAUAUAAAUAAAACUGUAUAAAUAGUUUUCUUUUAGUAGAUAAAAGUACAUUUUUAACUAAUCGAACGUAGGUAAUUACCUCUAUUGAAUACUUAAUCUUUCUAAAGUAUAUUGGUUAUUUAUCUUUAUAAUUACAGAUAAUUACAAAAAGAAAAUACAAUUGAUAUAGUUUUGUACAACCCUGACAUAAAUUUUAUAUGAUAUGAUAAGAUAUCAUCGUAUAAAAAGUUGAUAAAAAACAGGAAGUUUUUUCCACUAUGUUAUUUGCAUUAUGUGCGUAACAUAAGAAAGAAUAUAUAAUUAUUAGAAUCGAAUGGGAAGUUUCCUUUUUUUAAUAAAAAUCUUGGAUAUCUACUUUAUAUAAGAAUUAGUUAUUAGUAUUCUUCAUUGAUAUUAAGCUUUAUAUCUUUUUAAUUAACAUUGCAAAAGUUACUAAUUAUCUUUUAAAUUUUUACACCACUGUACUAUAUCUGAUGUGAUCUUUUAUUUAUAAAUUAGUUCGAAUAAUAUUUCAGUGUAAAUAAUUUAUACAGUUCGGAUUGUAGUAAUAAUAGUCUUUUACAUUAUGUUUGAUAACAUAGACAAAAAUCUUCUUUCUAUCAAAGCACAUUAUUUCUUAUUUAAUGCUGCUACUGGACCAGUAUUACCAUUUUUACCUACAAUUGCAAAACAAUUGGGUUUCUCUGGAAUUUUGGUCGGUACAAUAUAUACAAUAUUACCUAUAUCUGGUUUGAUUGCUAAACCAUUGUUUGGAGGAUUAGCUGAUAAAUUUAAUCUUCCUAAAACUUUUUUCUUAAUAUUUCAAGCAUUGCUUGCCAUAAGCCUGUUUUCAAUUUAUUUUAUACCUCAAUCUAGAACAAGUGCAAAUAUUACUCUUACUUGUGAAGGAGACUUAUUUUUAGAAGUAUGUUCAAAGAAAGGAUUUUCUGAUGAAAUAAUGCACGCUGUAAUAGCAACUGCAGAAACUACGGAUAAUCCUACAUGUCAGCUAUCUUGUAAAGCUUCUCAAAGAGCUUAUGAAGAACUGUGUCUAUGGAAUCCAUUAUACUGUUCUAUGAAUAGUUCUAAUAUCUUUUUGAAUGAAACAUUCGAUUUUGUAGCAACAAUUAAUAUGUAUAAAGAUUUACCUGAGAAAAACUGUACAAACCUAAGAGUUUCUAAUGUAACUUUUUCCUAUGGAAAUACACAUCCACCAGCUUGCAGAAAAUUAUUAAAAACUUCAUGUAUUGCAUCUUGUCAACAUCCAGCCUUGAAUGAAUUAUUACAUGAAUCUGAUAAUUAUAAUGUAUCUGCAACAGUUUUAACAUAUCAAUUUCAUAUAUUUUUAUGGGCUUCUAUAGUGAGCUGGAUUUGCAUGGCUGUUGUGGUUAGCAUAGCAGAUUCUAUUUGUUUCAAUUUACUUGGAAAUGAGAGAAGAAAUGAUUAUGGUAAACAAAAGAUGUGGGGAAGCAUUGGAUUUGGAAUUUUUGGUAUAAGUGCAGGAUACUUGGUAGAUAUUUUUAGUGAAGGACAAAUUCAAAAGGAUUAUACGUGUAUAUUUUUUAUCAUGUUGGUGUUUAUGAUUCUUGACAUUAUAAUGUCAGCUAGAUUGAGAAAGAAAAAUCCUGAAUGCUCUGAAGAAGAACCAUCAAUGCUGAGGGAGUUGUUAACUGUCACUAAAGAGGCUAAUAUAUGGGUAUUUGGAUGGUGGUGCAUAGGUGCUGGAAUGUGUACAGGAGUAAUAUGGAACUUCUUGUUUUGGCAUACAGAAAAUUUAGCUACAAUUACACAAACAAAAUGGCUUAAAACUCUCCAAGGUCUAUUGAUUGGCAUACAAUGUUUCUUAGCAGAAUUACCUUUUAACUUCUUAUCAGGAAGUAUUUUGAAAAAACUUGGUCAUAUAAAUAUUAUGAGUCUUGUAUUACUCAUUUAUUCAAUAAGGUUUAUGGGAUAUAGUGUAAUAUCAAAUCCAUGGCUAUUUUUACCAUUGGAAAUAUUGCAUGGUCCAUCAUAUGGUCUCUGUUGGCCAACAAUGGUAUCUUAUGGUGACAAAGUAACUCCUCCAGGUACUCAAGCUACUAUACAAGGAUUAAUAGGUGCUAUUUUCGAAGGAAUUGGUGUAUCAAGUGGUACUUUAUUAUGUGGAUGGAUAAUGGAUGUAUAUGGAGGUGUUAUAGCAUUUAGAGUUUUUUCAGUUGGUGUUCUUGUAUGGCUAAGUAUUUUCUGGCUUAUGCAAUUAUUAUUACGCAAAAUAUAUACCACGCAAGGUCAUAAUCGUGAAUUUAGCUAGUUAUGCCAAUCCAGAUGAUGCUAUUCUAAUGACUAUAAGUCAAGAAUUACAAACGUAUUAAAAGAAGCAGAGAUUAAAUAUAAUCUAAUCAUACUUAUUUUUCUAUUGUAGUUAUAAAAGGCAACAAAAAGGAUAAUUAAUUUGAUAGAAUAUUUCACGUUCAAGUUGAUCUUGAUUGAUUUUAACAUAUGUACUUAAAUAUAUUAGAAAUAUAUAUUAACAUCCGUGAUGUUAAUAAGUAUUCAAUUCACUGUUUUUAUUUGAUUUUGCAAUGGGAUAUACUUACAUUACUGAAAAAUCUAUAAGUACCAACAUU